AUGGCUAGUAAUGCUAGAUGGGAGUAUGUACCUCUUGAAGUACUCAUCGCUGUAGGAUGUUGCCUGGGCAAUGGGCUGGUGAUCUGGGCAGUGUGGACAUGUGGAGCCCUCAGGCAGCCCACCUUCUGCUUCAUUGCAUCCCUCGCAGUGGCUGAUUUCCUGGUGGGGUCUGUUGCCAUCCCACUGGCUGUGUUGGUGGACAUCCAUAUGAAGACCUCCUUUCAUGGAUGCCUUUUCAUGUGCUGUGUUCUGCUAAUGCUGCAAAUGGCUUCUGUCGUCUUACUCCUGGCCAUUGCAAUAGACCGUUGUCUUCGUGUGCGCAUCCCCCUCACGUAUAAGUCUACAGUCACUCAAAAACGCUCUUGGAUCCUGGUUGCACUCUGCUGGUUCACUGCUGCUGUAUGGGGUUUUAUCCCCAUGUUCGGAUGGCACAAUUAUAAUGUUGUGAAUGGUACCUAUGCGAACUCUACCAGUUUUGAAUGUGGCUUCUUAACUGUUAUUUCCACUUCAUAUCUAGUAAACUUCAUAUUCUUCAGCUCUUUACUUCCUCCAUUGGCUGUCAUGACAGGCUUGUAUUGUUACAUCUUCCUGACCACUAGAAGGCAGUUAAGAGCAAAUAUAGGCACAGCUGCCGAGUCCAGGUCAUACUACCAAAAAGAACACAGACUGGCUGUUUCACUGGUUCUGGUCUUGGGUCUCUUUGCUGUCUGUUGGCUCCCUCUGUUCCUCAUGCACAGUGUGCAUUACUAUGGUCAUAAUAUUGAGGUGCCCUCUGUUGCCAUUGAUAUAGGUGUCCUCCUGUCUCAUGCUAAUUCAGCAGUUAACCCCAUAGUGUAUGCGUUUAAGAUCCCCAAGAUAAAAGAGGCGUGUAGGAAGCUGUGGAGAAGAGUUUAUCAUGACAGAGAAAAGCAGCAGAGUGAACAGAACAACACACAGAAUAAUACAGACAGAAACACAAACAGCAAUGCAGAAAACACCGGAACAAAAGACAACAGUACAGAAAACAGAAGUGCUACACAGGACUUAGUGUUAUAA